CCUGCUGGCUGUUUCUCCCUCUGUGCGGCCACCUGCUACUGCUACCCGCCCUGGACAUGGCUGGCAAGGCACACAGAUUGAGUGCAGAGGAGCGGGACCAGCUGCUGCCAAAUCUGAGGGCUGUGGGGUGGAAUGAACUAGAAGGCCGAGAUGCCAUCUUCAAGCAGUUCCAUUUUAAAGACUUCAACAGGGCUUUUGGCUUCAUGACACGAGUGGCCCUGCAAGCCGAAAAGCUGGACCACCAUCCUGAGUGGUUUAAUGUGUACAACAAGGUCCAUAUCACCUUGAGCACCCAUGAGUGUGCUGGUCUUUCAGAACGGGACAUAAACCUGGCCAGCUUCAUCGAGCAAGUUGCUGUGUCUAUGACAUAGAUCUGCCCCUUUUCAUAUUUCCUGGGGAGGAGUGACCCAACAAGGAUCCUAAGAAGGAAACAGGAGGCUGGUCCUUGGUCGCCUCCAUUUAGGGAUGAGUCCCUGUGCAGAAAGAUGUAGGUGUCGAUGUCAACAGCAGGAACUGAGACCUUUUCCUGUGUCACUCUCCUCAUUAGGGCUCUGCCAUGUUACACUAAGUUGAAUAAGGUCUUCAUUUUCUCCAUAGGCUUCCCAGAAGCAGUAAUGCUCUUUCCAGGCUGUAUCUUGCUCCUUUUCUACCCUUUCUAGUUCAUUUUUCCAAGUAGCUGUGUUAAAGCAUGACAUAAAGUUCAAUCUCAGACCCCACAACUAAACAGAACCCACUAUAUUAUGGAAAUAUGCUUUUAUGCCUCCAAUAAAACUAUGCUAUCAA